GCUCGGCAUCAUCAGCAGCAGCAAAGAAAGAGAUUAAGGGGUCGGCAGACUCUGCUUCGUUUUGGUCUCGGCUUCUGCUCUGCUCGGCUUCCAAUCCCAUUCAUGGCAGCAGCGAUGAUUGGGAUUUCCGCUUUACGUUCCCUCCACCCGCUCCCUCCCACCUUCUCGGUCUCGGCCACGGCUCCUCCCCUCGCCACGUUGCGGCUGCCGCUGCCGUUGCAACAACCUCGCUCCUGUACGUCUCCACGAUGCCGAUGCCGACGACACAGCCUUGCCCAUUCUACUCCCCGCGGUGCCACGGCAGCUUCUUCGGUUCCCUCAGGUGCCGCCGGCUCCGCUGCCUUCAUGGCAUCGGCUCCUGACAAUGCCGCGCUCCGCCACCGCCUCAUCGCCCCCAAGGCCACCGCCGGCACCGGAGACGGCGGCGCAUCCGGAGGCCUGUUGCCCAGCAUUCUUGGGAUCGCACAACUGGCGGUGUCGCUGGGCCUCGUGCUGGCCACGGACAAGUACCUGAAGCAGGCGUUCGUGGCCGCCUCCAUCAAGUUCCCCAGCGCGCUCUUCGGCAUGUUCUGCAUCUUCUCCGUGCUCGUCGUCCUCGACCUCGCCGCGCCGGCGCUCGCCAAGGGCUUCAUGGACUUCUUCGAGCCCGCCACGCUCUUCAUCCAGCGCUGGCUGCCGCUCUUCUACGUCCCCUCCCUCGUCGUCCUGCCGCUCGCCGUCAGGGACGUCCCGGCUGCCGCCGGCCUCAAGAUCUGCCUCAUCACAUGUACGUCUACACUACACCCGUGUGCUUUAUUUAACUCCUUCGAUUCAGCAGUGAACUGCGAUCAGAGGAUACGCAAGGUUUACAUUUAUGUUCCCCUUUCUUUUCUGUAUGUAGUUGCUGGCUGGUUGGCUUCGCUUACGGUGGCGGGAUACACGGCGCUAACCGUGAGGAAGAUCGUCAAGACCGAGCUCAUCGCGGCUGAGCCGAUGGGCAAGCCGUCUCCAUUCGCCACAUGGGAGUUCUGGGCGUGGGGCGCCGUCUUUGUGGCCUCGUUCGCGACGGCGAUUGUUAACCCCACGGCGCUUGGCACCACGGCGAGGACGUGCCUUCCGUUCAUGCUCGCCUCCACUGUACUGGGAUACAUGGUUGGUUCUGGGCUGCCAUCUGGUAUCAAGACAGUGUUGCAUCCGAUCAUCAGCUGCGCGCUUUCUGCUAACUUCUCGGCGGUAGCAUACGGGUACCUCUCCGGCUCUGGAAUGGACGCCGCGCUAGGUGAUUACCUGACAAAGGUGCCAUCGAAUCCUGGAGCUGGCGACGUCCUGAUGGGUUUCCUUGGGUCUGUCAUCCUAUCGUUUGCAUUCUCAAUGUUCAAGCAGAGAAAGCUUGUGAAGAGGCACGCGGCAGAGAUUUUCACAUCGAUCGCCGUCGCGUCCACAUUCUCUUUAUACUCGACUGCUAUCCUAGGACGCCUGAUCGGGCUAGAGCCAACAUUAACCAUCUCAAUCUUACCAAGGUGCAUAACUGUUGCGUUGGCUUUGAGCAUAGUAUCAUUCUUUGAAGGUGCAAAUACUUCGGUAACAGCUGCCGUGGUUGUUCUCACGGGCCUGAUCGGUGCAAACUUUGUGCAAGCGGCCAUGGAUAAACUUGGCCUCAACGACCCCAUCGCUAGAGGAAUCGGAACAGCUUCCAGCGCUCAUGGUCUGGGAACGGCAGCGCUGUCGGCCAAGGAGCCUGAGGCGCUCCCUUUCUGCGCCAUCGCCUACGCGCUCACCGGCAUUUUCGGCUCCCUGAUUUGCUCCUCUUCGGCCGUCAGGCAAAGCCUUGUGUUCAUAGCCGGCUGACAGACAUGUAUACACAACGACAGCAACCUGUGAUUAGUUUCUUUUUUCAUAUAUAUAUAUAAGAGAAUGGGGAGUGAUCAGGGAACAAAAGUGCAAAUUUUGGGUCGACAUGUACAGAUUGAUGGUUGAAACAAGUGAAGAUGUCACCGUGCGA